AUGACAACCACGUUCUGUGAAAUGAGAAUGAUUUUAGUGUUAACGUUAUCUCAAAUAUUUCAAGUAGUGGACAGAUCACAAAAAGAUGGUUCGGAUCUAGCUGUUUUAGAGAUCGAUUUGCCAUCCAUUAAAACAAAGAAACGUGAAAAUUUUCUUGGAAUUUUCCAAAAUAUCUUUCAAACCGAAAGAAUUGAUGAUAAACUAUUCAUCAAAUCAGAAGUUCAUUCUUCAUUAAUGAUUUCAAUUAAACAACAACUUCCAAAUUGGUGGAUACAAAUUGAUAACAAAUCAGUUGUUAAUGGCAAUGAAUUCCGACCCGAUGUAGGAGGAUGGAACCCAUGA